AUGCGUCUGAGCAUCCUCCCCGUCUUGGCCCUCGCGGGCAGCGCUCUCGCUUCCGGAGCUACCAUCAUCGCUGCCAUAAACGACAUCGGAAACGCAACCCUGUCCCUCAACAAGACGAUUGCCGACUGGCCCAAGACCCUCAUCGGCACUCUACCCAUCAUCACAAAGUCCACCAUCCUCCUUGCCGAAAUCCACAACGGCACCAAGACGGCCCGCGCGUCUCGCCCAUUGUCGGUCGAUGAGACGAUUGCUGUCGCCCAGGCCACCACGAAGCUGGGAGGUCAAGUCAACGUGACCCUCGAGACGGUCAUCCGGGCCAAGCCCGACUUUGACAGGCUGCUCCUCCGCCCUGUCAUUCUUCUCAACUUGGAGCUGCAGAGGGAUUUGACCGAGGACUUUUCAGACGCCGUCAUUGCCAAGGUUCCGGAUGAGCUUCAAGCAAACGCUAAGGAAUUGGUCAAGGGAAUUGGAGAGAGCUUCGAGAAGGCCAUCAAGACGUAUUCAUCACUGAGGGGAUAG